GAACCUUUUCUGAAGGCUGGGGCCAUAUUCCUGAAGUUCUGGAAAGGCAGCUGAACCUAAUGUGAGGCAGGCUGGGAAAAUGCCCAUGAUUCCACGGCCAGUGCUCCUUUAGGGCAUUGCCAGGGACAGUUGUUAUUCCUCAAGGAGAGUACAGAUGAUUCUACAAUUUUAUAGAAUCUUAGUAUAUAGGAUGGCAAACUGUAGGACAUUCAUACUACCACCCUCCUACUCCCAUAGCAGACAUCACUAAGCGAUCACAGAACACUUUCCUGCAGAAAAUGGACAAGCCUUCACAAUUUUCAUCACAGUCCUUCAAGCAGCCACUACAAAACAAUGGAGAUGGCCCCCAAACUAAUCCUAUUGGCCAGCCCUGGUGUAGUCCAACCCCAUUUUUUAUCUGAUGGGGAAACUAGGUCUGGAGAGAAAAAUGAUUUAACCAAGUUCAUGGAAAAGUUGUAGAGAAUCUAGAACCUGCUGCUCUUCCUCCAUACCAUGCCAUCCAGCCCUUGCGGGUCCCAGGCUAUGUGGUCCUGGACCUGAUGGAGAGUGACCUGCACCAGAUCAUUCACUCUUCACAGCCGCUCACACUGGAGCAUGUGCGCUACUUCCUGUACCAGCUGCUGCGGGGCCUCAAGUACAUGCACUCAGCUCAGGUCAUCCACCGUGACCUCAAGCCCUCCAACCUGCUGGUGAAUGAGAACUGUGAGCUCAAGAUCGGUGACUUUGGUAUGGCCCGUGGCCUGUGCACCUCACCUGCUGAGCACCAGUACUUCAUGACUGAGUAUGUGGCCACACGCUGGUACCGUGCCCCAGAGCUCAUGCUCUCCCUGCACGAGUACACACAGGCCAUUGACCUCUGGUCCGUGGGCUGCAUCUUUGGUGAGAUGCUAGCUCGGCGCCAGCUCUUCCCAGGCAAAAACUAUGUGCACCAACUACAGCUGAUCAUGAUGGUGUUGGGUACUCCAUCGCCAGCUGUGAUUCAGGCUGUUGGGGCUGAGAGGGUGCGGGCAUAUAUCCAGAGCCUGCCACCACGCCAACCUGUGCCCUGGGAGACGGUGUACCCAGGUGCCGACCGCCAGGCCCUCUCCCUGUUGGGCCGCAUGCUGCGUUUUGAGCCUAGUGCCCGCAUCUCAGCAGCUGCUGCCCUUCGCCACCCCUUCCUGGCUAAGUACCAUGACCCUGAUGAUGAGCCUGACUGUGCCCCACCCUUUGACUUUGCCUUUGACCGUGAAGCCCUCACCCGGGAGCGCAUUAAAGAGGCCAUCGUGGCUGAGAUUGAGGACUUCCAUGCGCGGCGUGAGGGCAUCCGCCAGCAGAUCCGCUUCCAGCCUUCCCUGCAGCCUGUGGCCAGUGAGCCUGUCUGUCCAGAUGUUGAGAUGCCCAGUCCCUGGGCUCCCAGUGGGGACUGUGCAAUGGAGUCACCCCCGCCAGCCCCACCACCGUGCCCCGGCCCUGUACCUGACACCAUUGAUCUGACCCUGCAGCCACUCCCACCGGCCAGUGAGCCUGCCCCACCAAAGAGAGAGGGUGCCAUCUCAGACAACACCAAGGCAGCCCUCAAAGCUGCCCUGCUCAAGUCUUUGCGGAGCCGGCUCAGAGAUGGCCCGAGCGUACCCCUGGAGGCUUCUGAGCCGCGGAAGCCAGUGACAGCCCAGGAACGCCAGCGGGAGCGGGAGGAGAAGCGGCGGCGGCGGCAGGAACGCGCCAAGGAGCGGGAGAAGCGGCGGCAAGAGCGGGAGCGCAAGGAGCGGGGGGCUGGGGCUGCUGGGGGCCCCUCCACUGACCCCCUGGCCGGACUGGUGCUCAGUGACAAUGACCGCAGCCUGCUGGAGCGCUGGACUCGUAUGGCCCGGCCCCCUGCCCCAGCCGUGGCCCCUGCUAUGGUCACAGCCCCUGCACCAACGCCCCUCCCAGCCCAACCCACCAGUCCUCCCCCUGCUCCUGCAGCCCAGCCCACUGGUCCCCCACUGCAACCUGCAGGUUCCACCCCUAGUCCCGCACUCCAGCCUGCCUGUCCACCCCCUGGCCCUGCUCCCCACCCCGCCAGCCCUCCUGGUCCUGUCCCUGUCCCUGCUCCACUCCAGACUGCCACCUCCACCAGCAUCCUGGCCCCCCAGUUGCUUGUGCCGCCGCCGGGGUUGCCUGGCCCCAGCGCUCCAGGAGUUCUGCCUUACUUUCCGUCUGGCCCACCACCUCCAGACCGUGGGGGGCCCCCUCAACCUUCCACAUCAGAGUCACCUGAUGUCAAUCUGGUGACCCAGCAGCUGUCCAAGUCACAGGUGGAGGACCCCCUGCCCCCCGUGUUUUCGGGCACCCCAAAGGGCAGUGGAGCUGGCUACGGUGUUGGCUUUGACCUGGAGGAAUUCUUAAACCAGUCUUUUGACAUGGGCGUGUCUGAUGGGCUACAGGAUGGCCAGACGGACUCGGCCUCACUUUCAGCCUCCCUGCUUGCUGACUGGCUCGAGGGCCACGGCAUGAACCCCGCCGACAUUGAGUCCCUGCAGCGUGAGAUCCAGAUGGAUUCCCCGAUGCUGUUGGCCGAUCUGCCUGACCUCCAGGAGCCCUGA